AUGGGACAUCAGAUCCCUGAGAGUGACCGCCUCGUCGGAUUCAUCUACUACGCACGACCAGCCCAGGGCAUCAUGGGCGAUAGAGGAUACCCUGUGCGAGGGCCGGGGACAUCGAAUCAAGCGGAAGCAUCGGCGCCUUGGGUCGGAAAUAUGUUGGGCGAUGGCCAGGAAUCUGUUGCGGCCGACAGCGAGACUUUCCGGAAGGUAGAUGAUGAUGCCGCAGAUUUUGAUAACCUUGCGGAUGAUGGGGAUAGCAUGCAUGACUUGCUGGAGCCGGGUGAUCUGGUAGCACUAUCUUCCUCCGAAGGCGUGCUAAGUCUUGCCGUGUAUGUUCGAUCGGUAUGCAAACAGCAGCAGUUCUAUACAGAUAGAGGAAAGUGGCGAAUUGAUUUUGAAAAAGACCUUGACUACGUUGUGAAGGGGUUUGCGCCUCCAGAACUAGUGGCCCCGUUGCACCCAUAUUUUCCCGAUAGUCUUGCCCAACCGGGCAAAGUAACGCAGUCCACUAUUGAAGGCGGGGUACCAAGACCUGUCGGCGCGACUCUGCUGCAGAUGAUCAAUACAUUUGGGGAGCAGGUGCAAGAAAUCUUUUUGGCAAAUGCGCAUCGACUGGAUAAUAUCCAUGAUUUGGUAGCUGAUGAGACUGACAAAUUAGAGUUUACGCUUGAAGAGCUAGCGUGCAGAGCCUUGAAUGUUGAGAAGGGAGAGUUCGAUAAUGCGAUGCUAUUUGCCGUCCAUCAGGCUGUCCGCCGAAAUCCGUUUGUUAUCGAAAAUGAUCGAAGUUCGCUAUUUACCAAUCACUACCUAGUGCAGCCAAAACGGAUUGCCAAUAUUCUUGAAACGGUCAUCAAAUGGGUACAUGAGCAUCAAGAUCACCUCGUUCGCUCCGUGAUGGGCAAGGAGGCGGUUCCUAUGCAAAAUCAUCCUCUGCAACAAUUUAUCCAGAAGGCACAGCGUCUUAUAAGGUUGAGCAGGAACGUUCGCUCCCCUACAAUGAUGGGCUGCGUUGGCCCGACUGCAAAUCGAUUUCAGCCUGGCCAGGAUGGAAUGGCUUCAGUUUACCGCGAAGUUCCGACGGAGCAGUUUAAUUCCAAUGAUCGCAUGAUCAUUGAAUUUCUCCAGUUGUGGUGUAUCCCUCCUAGUGGUAUGAAAUCUGGGACUCUACGAUCUGCUGGUUCGCAUAUUAUGCGUGCCACUGGAAUGUAUAGUACUCUGGAGUUAACAGCAUCUACCGCUCCAUUACUCUUGCAAGAAAUAGGAGUAUUAUCCCCGUGGGAAAAUUUACGGUUAUUAGACCAAAGCCUAGCUCUCCCUGGACAUGGCGUUUCACCUCGCUCUGAUACUGAAUGGGCGCGUGUUCAACAGGCGUGCGAAACCCUCAAUUCCGAAGGUCUUGCAGACACUAUGCAGAGUAUACGAACCGAUUGGGGUGAUUUGCCAGUGUAUUGUGUGGACAAUGCAGAUGCCCAAGAAAUUGAUGAUGGUGUCUCUCUCGAGCGCGUACCAGGGUCUGAUGAUACAUUCUGGAUCCGUGUUCAUAUUGCUAAUCCAUCAGCAUUCAUCAACCCAAACAAUUUGAUCAUGGAGUACGCUGCUUCGCGUGUCCAGACACUUUAUGCUCCAGAACGCACCUAUCCCAUGUUUCCCGAAUCACUAACCCAGACCCACUUUAGUUUGUCUCCUAACCGUCCAACCCUCACCUUUAGCGCCAAGAUGAACCUUGAUGGCGUGGUCUUAGACACAAAUGUCUCAAAUGGCAUAGUAAGGAAUGUAGUUUACAUUACCCAUGACAAGCUGCGCAGCCUGUUUGAGCCUAGCACUGAACGCCACUUGGAGCCAUUGACAGUCGGGGGAGAGUUUGACAAGAGACAUCUGCGCAAAGGCCUGCAGGAAACUCUAUCUCUCGAGGACAAGAGCUCUUUCCACAUAUUGAGGAAACUCAUGCUUGCAUUUCGAGAACACCGGCGCAAAAAUGGAGCCAUGGAAUGGCCUUCGCCAAUUGACACGCCCAUUUCAAUGACCACUGGCGCCCAGAAUCCGAACCCAUACAACAUGUAUGUCACUGAAGGGCACUACAUUCUUGGUGACCCUAUCAUUCAGUUGCACCAACGGGAUUUAGAUCCCCAUGAAGUGCCUGACCUUACUAAACGCAACCUGGUCUCCCUCUUAAUGAACCUAGCUUGCUGGGUCUCCGCGAAGUGGUGCUCCGAGCGCAAUAUUCCAGUCGUUUAUGAUGGAACAUACUAUCACCCAGAAUACACCAGCCUGACAAACGAGAACCUUACACGUUAUGGCGGACAGAACUGGUUACACCUGGCCGCGCCUAAGGGCAUGUCCUCGUCUAACCCAGUUCAUCAUGUGCCUUUAGGGCUUGACGCAUAUGUGAAAUCCACAAGUCCGCUACGACGAUAUGCUGAUGUUUUAGCGCACUAUCAGAUAGAAGCUGCUAUACGGUUUGAGCAUGAGAAUGGUCGUCGCUUCGAUGCGAAGUCGGAUGGCCAUUCGCUUCCUUUCUCGAGGGACUAUGUGGAUAGGUAUAUCAUACAAUCCCGCUGGAAGCGUAACCGACUCCGGGAUGUCGAUCGAGCAUCCAAGCAGUUUUGGGCCUGCAUGCUCCUGUUUCGCGCUUUCUACUUCGCGGAAUGCACUUUGCCAGAGACCUUUAAGUGCCUAGUUCACAAGCCCUACAGCAGUAGUUCGCUUGUAGAGGCACAGUUGGGGCGGAGGUUUUCUGGUAUGAUAACAUCGCUCGGGGUUCGUUGUCAGAUCAUUACUCCUCCUGGGUUGACUGAUGUCGAUAUCCUUAGUGUGGUGGAAGCUAAGAUCUUAUCUGUGGAUAUCUCCCGCUUGAUGGUGGUCAUGGAAGCUACUCGGGUGAUCAAACCAUUUGAGCGGAUGCCACACCAGCAGUUCCCAUCCCAUGAGAGAACCCCUCUACUUCACCAUAACCGCCCACCGGCCACUGUCAAACUUCGACAAUAUCUGCGUACAGAAAUCACCACCCAAUGGACAGACCUAAUCCUCCUGUUUUCUUAUAUGAUCACGGGGCUUCUCGACAGCUCCGCAGUCUUUAUCUGGGGCUCUUUCGUAAGCAUGCAAACGGGUAACACGGUGUACCUUGGCCUUGGCCUCACCGGGCUCGACUCUGGGGACCGAUGGAUAAAAUCCGCUAUUUCAAUCGGGUCGUUCUGCUUGGGGUCGUUCUGUUUUGGGACCUUUUACCGGUUGUGCUAUCCGCGUUCUCGAUGGGCCCUCUCUUUGUCAUUUACGCUGCAGCUGAUCUGCGUUGCGAUUGCAGCGAGCAUUGCCACGGUUAAACAACACCACAAGGCAGAUAACCUUACUUGGACUACCGCCGUGCCAUUGGCAUUGGUGGCAUUCCAGAGCAGUGGCCAAGCAGUGACUAGUCGGGUGCUGAAUAUGAGUGGACUGAAUACUGUGGUGCUCACCAGUGUGUACUGUGAUUUAUUCUCGGCACCGGCGAUGCUGGCACUGCCUCGCAUGGAGGGAUGGAGGAGACUGGGGGCUGUGGGAGGCCUACUAGUGGGAACGAUGCUGGGUGGAUUGUGGGCAAAGAGUGAUAUUGGGCUGCCGGGAGCGUUGUGGAUGGCAGCAGCGUGCAAAGGGAUAAUUGUUGUUACUUGGCUAGCAUGGAAAGGCAAAUGA